UAUGGGCAAUUUGCAAGUUUUCUUUGUUUGUUUUCUGCUCUUUUCAUCUGUCUAUGCAAUUGCAAGAUAUGAUUGCCAAGAUUCCAUGUGUGGAAUCAACCACUUUGAUAUACGAUUUCCUUUUGGAUUACAAGGGACAAUAAAUCUUCAGCACUGUAGCUAUCCUGGUUUCAAUCUUACAUGCAACAGUCAAGGCAGAGCAAUUGUAAAUGUAGCAGGUGCAGGAAAUUUCUAUGUACGUGAUAUUGACUACGUUGCACAAGAAAUCCAACUCUAUGAUCCAUCUAAUUGCCUUCCAAAACGGCUUGUUGAUUUUCAAUCUUCUUCUUCUUCUCCUUUCAAGGCGGUUUUUUAUAGGAACUAUACUUUCUUGGCUUGUUCUACAGAUUUGAUCAAGUCUCAGUUCAAUGUUAUUGGUUGUCUAAGUAAUUCUACCACCUCCACUUUAGCUACUUCUUCAAGGAGUUUUGCAAAAGAAAUGACAAGUUUAUAUAACUGCAGUGUAAAUAGCACUUUGUCUCUUCCUGUUUCAUGGACUUCUGAAUAUGAGUCAGUUUUUUCAACUGAUCUUAAUCUCGAUCUUGUGUUAACAUGGAAUGAACCCAACUGCCAAGAUUGUGAAGCACAACAAGAUCUUUGUGGGUUUAAAAAUGCAACUACUGGAGAAAUUCAAUGCUUUGAUGCUCCUGGAACAGGCCAUACACGAGGCAUACAAAUUUUCCGAAUUAUUGCACUAUCUUUAGUGAUACCAGCCAUCACAUGUUCACUUGGUGUGACAUGUUACAUCUGCUUUGAGCAAAGCCGAUACAGCCGCCGAGCGGCGGCUGCAGUCCAGAACACUGCGGCCGGUACAGCAGCCGUAGCACCACAACCGGAAACAACCACCGGCCUCGACGAUUCGACGAUCGAAUCCUACACAAAAGUUGUGCUAGGAGAAAGUCGGAGAGUUCCAGGGCCAAAUCAUGGAACUUGUCCAAUAUGUUUGGCAGAGUACCAUCCAAAAGAGACAGUGAGAUGCAUACCUGAGUGUGAACAUUGCUUUCAUGCUGAAUGCAUUGAUGAAUGGUUAAAGAUCAAUGGUACUUGUCCUGUUUGUAGAAAUACUCCUUCUCCUGCUCAUGUUAAUUCUUAAUAUAUAACACGUUCUAAUUUCCCACAUCUCGAGUCUUGUCUUUAUAUUUAUAUGCAUUUUUCUCUUCAAACCUUUUUCUCUUUG